UUACUUCAGUAUACGGAAUCCAAAUCGUUGUUGGGCGGCAGUCCAGAGGAGACCGGCUCAGUGGCCGCGUCUGCACACAGCUGCAGGCGAUGCUGCCGCUGUGGGUGUGUGUGGUCGCGGCUUCUGCGCUCGCGGCGCCCGCUCCCGGGACCCAAGAGCAGAAGCUGCAAGUGGCCCAGAGGCCCAAUGUGGUGCUCGUUGCCAGUGACUCCUUCGAUGGAAGACUAACAUUUCAACCCAGAAGUCGGGUAGUAAAACUUCCCUCUAUUGACUUGAUGAAAGCUCAUGGCACCACCUUCCUGAAUGCCUACACUAACUCUCCCAUCUGCUGUCCGUCUCGUGCAGCGAUGUGGAGUGGCCUCUUCACUCACUUAACAGAAUCUUGGAAUAAUUUUAAGGGUCUUGAUCCAAAUUAUACAACAUGGAUGGACGUCAUGGAGAAGCAUGGCUAUCAGACUCAGAAGUUUGGAAAACUAGACUAUACUUCGGGACAUCAUUCCGUUAGUAACCGUGUGGAAGCGUGGACAAGGGAUGUUGCAUUCUUGCUCAGACAAGAAGGCAGGCCUGUGGUUAAUCUUAUCCCAGACAAGAACAGAAGGAGAGUGAUGGCAGGGGACUGGCAGAAUACAGACAGAGCCGUCGACUGGCUGAGGCAGGAAGCCAUUAACUCCACCAAGCCAUUUGUGCUUUACGUGGGACUGAAUCUGCCCCACCCUUACCCUUCACCUUCUUCAGGGGAAAACUUCGGCUCUUCUACUUUUCAAACGUCUCUGUAUUGGCUUGAAAAGGUAGCAUAUGAUGCCAUCAAAAUCCCAAAGUGGUCAGCUUUGUCGGAAAUGCACCCUGUGGACUAUUACUCUUCCUACACCAAAAACUGCACGGGGAAGUUUACCAGGAAGGAAAUUAAGAACAUUAGAGCAUUUUAUUACGCGAUGUGUGCGGAGACAGACGCCAUGCUAGGUGAAAUUAUUUUGGCUCUCCGCAAGUUAGAUCUUCUUCAGAAAACCAUUGUUAUAUACACUUCAGACCAUGGCGAGAUGGCCAUGGAACACCGCCAGUUCUAUAAAAUGAGUAUGUAUGAAGCGAGUACCCAUGUUCCACUUCUGAUCAUGGGACCAGGAAUUAAGACCAACCUGCAAGUACCAAAUGUGGUUUCUCUUGUGGAUAUUUACCCUACCAUGCUUGAUAUUGCUGGGAUUGCUGUGCCUCAGACCCUCAGUGGGUACUCUUUGUUGACACUGUCAUCAGAGGCAUCUGCAAAUGAGCAGACAUUCAAAAUGUACCGUCCGCCCUGGAUCCUAAGUGAAUUCCAUGGAUGCAAUGCAAAUGCCUCCACCUACAUGCUGCGAACCGGCCGGUGGAAGUAUAUAGCCUAUUCUGACGGUGCCUCCGUGCAGCCGCAGCUCUUCGAUCUUUCCUCAGACCCAGAUGAGCUAACGAAUAUCGCUACAGAAUUUUCAGAAAUUACUUAUUCUUUGGACCAGAAGCUUCGUUCUAUUAUAAACUACCCUAAAGUGUCUGCUUCUGUCCAUCAGUACAAUAAGGAGCAGUUUCUCAUGUGGAAACAAAGCACAGGACAGAAUUACUCAGCUGUCAUAGCACACCUUAGGUGGCAUCAGGAUUGGCAGAAAGAACCAGGGAAGUAUGAAGACGUAAUCAACCAGUGGCUCACAGCUCACUCCUCUCCGGGAGCUGCAGGCUAUAAGAAAACUUUCCCAGGGUACAUAUGAACUGAAACAGACUAGUAAUUGCUAAUUUUGCUUUCUGUUAAAAUGUGUACUAUAUCUUAAGUGCCAGUGGUUACAGAACUACGUAUUUUCAGAACUGGCUACUGCUAAGACCUCAUUGUUGCAGGCCUAUGAUGGUCCAACAGCAGAAGAAUUUAAAGGAGAGGAGCACACAUUCUUGUGUGGAUAAUAUAGAAUAUGAAAUAUUAACAACUGUUGGUUAUUACUUAUGAAUCAUGAUGUUUCAUGACUUGCUUGUUUUUGAUGCAACUCUUUGAAUGUAUUUGAUGUGUUAGAACUAUUAAAUGGGAUACAGACUCUGAACAUAGCUGAUAUCAUUUUUGUGUUUAAAAAAGAAUAUGUACAAAAGGUAAAGCUUCAAAAGGCUUCCCAGUCAACUCCCCCAGAAGGCAACUACAACCAACUUGUUUGCACCCUUUUGUAGACAAACUAUACAUUUGUCACCAAAGAAAUGAACAUACUCUUUACACACAACAUGCAGACACAUACACAAUUGAUAAUAUGCCCAAUAGAUAGCAAAUAUUUUAUCUUUAUUUAUUGUGAGCAUUGAUAUAUUUCCAUAGAUCUAAUAACCAUUAGAAUUUGCAUCAGAAUGACCUCCCCUAUGUCUGUUAUUGGCCAUUUUCCUUAUUGGUUGCUAGCCUAUUUUUCCAUUACAUGGAUGCUUUAGAUUUUAGCCUUUUGAAAAAUAAAAGAGAAAAACGAGCUGGGGAGAUAGCUCAGUGCUUAAAAGCUCUUGCUGUCAACCAGAGGAUUCAGAUUCAAUUAUUGGCAUCCACACAGUGGCUCACAACUGUCUGUAACUCUAGUUUAGGGAAGCCAAUGCCUUUUCUGGGCCUUCAAGGGCACCAGACACAUAUAGUGUACAGACAUAACUGCAGGGAAAAGUCCAUACACAUAAAAUUUUUUAAAUAAUAAGUAUUUUUAAAAAUACUGGAAAUAAUAUUUUCUUUGU